GUCUUUGCGUUCAAAUGGCUCGGUUUGAGUUGCGUUUAGCGUGACGUCACGGUGUUCUCUGAACAGUGACGCGGCAGUUAGCUUACGGCAAAACUAGCUCGCCGAAACAGUUCCUGGUAGCGGCUGUUCUCAGAUCUGUCACCGCGAGUUUUAAUCCACCGAACUGGGCUUCGGUUCCCCUGACGCUUGAAUUACUAGAUUCGUCACCAUGGGGAAUGUAUUUGCCAGUUUAUUCAAAGGCCUGUUUGGCAAAAAAGAGAUGAGAAUUCUGAUGGUGGGGCUGGAUGCUGCUGGGAAAACGACUAUCCUGUAUAAAUUGAAGCUCGGAGAGAUUGUCACCACCAUUCCCACCAUUGGUUUUAACGUGGAGACGGUAGAAUACAAGAACAUCAGCUUCACGGUGUGGGACGUGGGCGGUCAGGACAAAAUCAGGCCGCUGUGGCGCCACUACUUCCAGAACACUCAAGGGCUUAUUUUUGUGGUGGACAGUAACGACAGGGAGCGAGUGAACGAGGCGAGGGAGGAGCUGUCCCGAAUGCUCGCCGAGGACGAACUUAGAGACGCCGUGCUGCUCGUUUUUGCAAACAAACAGGAUCUGCCGAACGCCAUGAACGCCGCAGAGAUCACAGACAAACUGGGGCUGCACGCCCUCCGUCAGCGCAGCUGGUACAUCCAGGCCACCUGUGCCACCAGCGGGGACGGUCUCUACGAGGGCCUGGACUGGCUCUCCAACCAGCUGAAGAACCAGAAAUGAUCCAUUCCACCUCUUUUUGUUUUUGUUUUUAUUUUGUUUUGUUUGUUUCUUCUGUUUCAACACAGCGGCAGCACCGGACCCAGGCCCCUCUGACUCCCCCCCUACAUCGAAGCCCCCCGGCUCUUUCUUUCGUCUCCUGCUUCCUCUCCUCGUCAGGGCUCGAGCCUGUGCUGCGUGUGUGUGUGUUCAGUGGGUGGGUGCGUGCGUGCGUGUGUGUGUGUUGGCUGGGAUUGGGAGGAACCCUGGCGUGCCUUUUACACACCUGUGGAAUCAGCAGUCUGGUUUUCAAGCCCCUUCUCAUCCACCAAACUCAGCCUCGGUCUCUCUGUCCCCCCCUCCCCCCUCCUCAUCCUCCUGAGGAAGAGCGCUUUUCAUACGGCGAAGGAAGAGCAAGGGUGUUUUGCCCCGCCCCCCACGUUUAGUGUAAAUCUAAAGAUAUCCCCCUCCUUCCCGUGUAGAUGUUCACCUGUUUAAAUWUGACUCUGCCCCCACCGUAAAAAGUUUCAUUUAAUUACAUCUUAACCUGUAUCAGGUCAAAGUAAAAAGAAAAAAAAAACAAGAUAAAACCCCAUCCUGGUUCGUUCUGUCCUCUGAGAAUCAUGCUGUUUGCUUUAUUCUUCUUAUUGGUAAAAUAACAGAUUAUUUCUGUGGAAGGCUCCCUGGUGGACACUAACCCCGCCCCUCGCCCCGCCCCCUCAACACGAGCAGGAAGCACAAACCAGCGACCACUAAAAAAAAAAAAUCUAAUUAAGAAACCUGCUCGUCGUUCCACAAAGUUUCCGGUGUCAAUUGGAAUUUCUGAUGUAAAGAAUCGUUCUGACAGGCCACGCCCCCUGAGGAUAGGGACCGCCCCUUUUUAGAGAGCAGGAACCCCCUGAACAUUCACAGCUUCACGUGUUUAAAACAUGCUACAUGUAUGUUUUUUUUUCUGUAGUUUUAGAGUUUCUACUUCAACUGAACCAAAAGCGUCUGAGCACGGUGACGAGUCUUCAUCUGGACCUGAACCAGUUCCUCAGAGGUCCUGAACCAGUUCCGAAGUUUAGUUUUUGUUGUUUUCCUCGUCAAACGGUUCUGAAACCCGAGAGCAUCCGGCCCGUUGGGUUUUUUUUUUUUUCACGGCACCAAAACACGAAGGAGGAGCGGUCCAGGUGUCGGCAGGUUAAUGCUCGAGGCCGGCUCGAGUCCCGGGUCCGGACCCGCGGAGGAGAACCGGUCUGCUGAGACUCGGCAGGUGUUGAACCAUGGGGGGGUUGAGCCGGCACUUCUGUCAAGAAUGAUUGUAAAUCUGUUCCCCUGUAAACUGUUUCUGUGGGGAUUUCCUGAACACAUUAAUAAACCUGAUUUGAUCCAACA